CCAGCCCCGCGACCCAUCCCCAAGCCUCCUCCCUAUGGACACAGGACAACAGCAUCUCACUGGAUGCUACCAGGCCCUCCAUGGACCACCAGCUGCUGUCCUCCUCGCCAGCUCCGGGAAGCACAGGCUCAGCCAUUGGAAGCAGCUACCAGCCAUCCAACUUCUCAGCAGCAGAGGAGGGAAAUUCUCAUUUUCCUAGCACCAGAGUGCACAAUUCCACACUGUCCACCAGAGGUGGAGGAAGGACGUUAAGGUCGCUACCAAGCAGCACCAGCCUGACUGAUGCAACAGAGAUUUCCACAUCUGGUACCGAAAUGAUCAGCCCUUUGGAUCAGACACAGUCCUUGGGGACAUCGUUGGCAGAAGGUGGCACAGGUGCCACAGCGACAGUCACGGACACGUUGCUCCCAGGCUCUGCCUCUGCUUCAGAAAGCACUUCCAAAACUUUCAGAAGCACUWACGAACCACAGAGCAUCUCGGGCGCAGGAGAGGGGACCCCGCGCGCUGUCCCCAGCGGUGCCGCGGUGGCUCGGGCGCACACCAGCUCUACAGCAAGGUCCUCGGUGUCCGUGGCCAGCAGCAGCACCCCCGGGGCCACCUCCAGCCGCGGUGCCACUGGCCUCGGAGACGGGACCGUGUCCCCCAGCACGGAGCGGACACGCGGCACGGGAGGCGCGCGGGACGCCACGGMGCCGGCACGCGCGCGCUCUGGCCCGGGAAGCAAUUCCAACGGUGUGAGAAGCAGCAGUUGGUCAACUAAGAGCUCGGCUACAGAGACAAGAGCUGCUGGUUCUGCUGCCGCCAGCCCGUACGUUGCAGCCACCGUCACCAGCACGGCAGGAAGGACACUGAGGUCUGUAACCACUAUCAGCAAAUGGGGAGCAGAAGGAUCUCCUUCUGGCACUGGCAUGUCCCUGGCCACAAGUGCGAGCCGGUCSUCGUCUUCCAUAAGAGAGACCUAUGGAGUUAAAGGGUCAAGAGCAGGCAUGAAUGUCACCGAACCUUUGGCAAGCCCUUCGCUAACACGUUCUCAGUCUGUUUCAGAAACACCUUCGGCAGCUACUGGAAGCAGCCACGUGCCAUUUAGCAACCCAUCAACAGGGGAAAGGACGGAUUUUCCCAACACCACCGCUUAUGUUUCAACACUGUCCACAAGAGGUGGAACAAGGACGUUAAGGUCGCUACCAAGCAGCACCAGCCUGACUGAUGCAACGGAGAUUUCCACCUCUGGUACCAAAAUGAUCCGCCCUUUGGGUCGGACCCAGUCCUCUGGGAUGGCUUUGGCAGCAGAAGCUGGCGAUGGUGCAGGUGCCACCGCAACGUUCAUGGACUUGUUGCUCUCAAGCUCUGCAUCUGCUUYGGAAAACACCUCCCCAGACAAAGCAGCUACUAGUUCAGCUACAGAAAAAAGCAGCUCUGAGCCUGCUCUGCCCAGUGCAUCCAGCGCAGCGACGGCUACCGGGCGUGCAGAAAGGACCAUGGAGCCCGGAGCCAACAUCAGCGCAGCACCUGGUGCUCCAGAGAGCAGUGUGUCCUUGGAUCCCAUCCAGCUGUCAUCUUCUGUAAUGGAGGCUGGAAGGGAGCAUAAUAUUUCGGAGAGUGAUGAUGAAUAYGUGGAGCUUUCGACGCAGCCGUUGCCUGUGAUUUCUUCCAGUCUUUCAAUGUCUUCAUCUUCCCCGGAUGCUUCUGGGAGAGAAGAAAGGAUUUCCAUCGUUCCUACCGACAGCACGUACACCUCAACCACCUUCUCCACGCGUGGAGAGGAGACCUCUGAGGCUCCAGGUGACCRCAGCACAUGGAGCCAGGUGACAGAAAGCUCCACAUCCAACCCAGACGUGCAGUCGUGCUCCAGUCCUAUCCCAUCCGCAACGGAGUGGCCUGAGGGAGGGCCUGUCUUGCCCAGAGAAGCCGGCUACACCAAGCCCUCGACCGAGGUCACCCUUUCAUCCCAGGCCUCCACUGCCUUCUCUGCCCCACAAGAACCUUCCACCCCUGGACGCMCCCAUCACUCACGGAGCAGCUCGGGGAGCGAGAGGAGGGUGUCCCGCGCUCGCACGGACCCCGCGCACGGCUCGGCCGCGGUGACAGGCAGCGGGGACAGGACCUUGCGCUCUGUGACCAACGACACCCUGGCCCAGGGCACCGAGAGCUCCACGUCGCACCUGGAAAUCGCUAAUUCCUCCGAAGGGAAGAGCUCGGUGCCCAGGGAGCAGAGCGGGACGCCGAACAUCUCCGUGAGCAGCUUGGGCAUCACGGGGCUUGUGACUGAGACGCUCUUUACGCAUUCCUCCAAGAUCCCGACUUACUCAUCUUUCCAGAGAGAUCUCUCGAGCUUUCCAAGCAGUCAUCAGCCAGUCAGUAGCGUUGAUGUGGAGAAAAGGACCUCUGUUUCGCACACGGACGGCACAUACAUUUCAACCACGUACACCAGAGGUGGAGAGAGGACCCUCCUGUCUAUAUCCAACAGUAGCACCUCUGCCGAGUCCUCGGAAAGUUCCACUUUUUUUUCAGAAAUUUCCAGCCCUUCUGAUUCAUCUCAGUCUUCUUCUGUGACUCAAGACAGAAGGAGCAACGUCUCCAGUGACAGCAGUUUUAUUGAACCAUCUACUGAGCCAUUGCUAGUACCUUCUUCCAAGCUGUUGACUUCUGCUUCCRCAGGCACUACACAGAAUGCAACUCUUUUGGAUACGGACCCUGAGCUGUUGCCUACUGGCAGAUCAUCUCUAUCUUCAUCAGCAUUUCCAUCCUCUUCCUCAGUGCCAUCGCUCACUUCAUCACUUCACUCAACGUCAUCGACAGCAUCACCAGCGUACCCAUUUGCAUCAUCAGAUGCAUCUGAGCUGCUGUCUUCAUCCGCGAUGGCRUCAUCUCCUCCUCCACAGGCUUUGUCAAGUGCUGUGCCCACUUCUUCGUUGCUUUCCCCAUCUUAUUCGUUAACAUCUUUAUUUCCUCUGUUUUCUUCACCAUCUUCCACGUCGCAGUCCAACGACAGUGGUCAAACAAGCACCUCAGUAGCUACUACUGAAGCCAGACAGGUGCCCUCUACUGCAGCCAUCACUGGGAGCUCUCCUGGAGAUACCAGCAAGCCCAGUGGAACGUCCCAGCCCCAGAAGAGCACCACCUUCAUCUCUGCAGGCCCUGCUCCUCUUCCCACCGAGCCCAUGGAGCAGCGUGGCAGCCAUGCUGUGUCCAUGUUUGCUCCCGUGCUUGUAACAGAGAGCCCGUUGCUGAGCACUSUUUCUCCCAAGGAGGGUGACUUUGGAAAGACCACACCGUUGCUCACUACCUCUAGUGACACCCUGAGUGCUGGGACAACAGGGACACCCCACGGUGCAACACCAAGCACAACGAGCCAAGAAGUUGUCCCCUCAGCGGUGGCAUUGACUACAGUGAACCCUCCCGUGCUGACGACACCUGCAGUUCGCAGACCAACCCCAGCUCAGCCUAGCACCACGAAAGUCCUCAGACCCCAAACACCCAUGGCCACUGAAACAGCUCAUGCCACCAGCCAGACUCCAAAAGCUGUUGAUCGUAGCACUGCAAAUACUGGUAGAGCCACCGAGCAAAACGUCCCGGUGACGAAGCMUCCUGGAGCACCACCGCCCACCAAGACCACCAUGAGCAUGGCAACAACUUCRGCCACUGCUACCAAACCAACGAUUCCCACUCCGCUGAGCAGCACAGCAAGGCUGAGGACACCGUCACCAGUAACAGAUGUGGAUGAAUGUCUUUCCAAUCCCUGUCCUGCCUUGGCCACGUGCAACAACACCCAUGGCUCCUACAUCUGCCAGUGUCCCCUUGGGUAUGAGCUGGAAAAAGGAAAGUGCAAUUUAGUAAGAAUAUUCAUUGGCCAGGCUCCCCUGAAGCCAAAUAUCACUCACGGGAAGUAUGCAGAACUGCUGCACAUCGAGGGCGAGAUCCUCACGAUGCUGGAUGCAUCGCUGGCCACCUUACCGGGCUACCACCGCUCUGUGGUUAAGGCCACCAGAGAGGCCAACGUGGUCCACGUUUCGGUGCAGUCCACGUUUUCGUUGGCUUCCAACGUGACUUUCUACGAUGUCGUCACCAGUGUGAAAAGCUACAUCAGAGCGUGCACGUCGCCCCCAGAGACCUGCCAGUUCAUCUCAAACCUCAGGCCGCUCCACAGAGUCGGCACUCUGUGCAAGCAGAAGGACCCCGAGUGCGACGAGGAAACCUCUGAAUGCACCGACUUCGACGGCRUCGCGCUCUGCCAGUGCAAAAGCGGCUACUUCAAAUACAACAGGAUGGACCACUCGUGCCGAGCCUGCGACGAUGGAUAUAAGCUGGAAAAUGAGACCUGUGUGAGAUGCCCGUUCGGCUUAGGCGGAUUCAACUGUGGAAACCCGUACCAGCUCAUCACGGUGGUGAUCGCUGCCGCAGGAGGGGGGCUCCUGCUCAUCCUGGGCAUCGCUCUGAUCAUAACCUGCUGCAGGAAGAAUAAAAACGACAUAAGCAAACUCAUUUUCAAGAGUGGGGAUUUCCAGAUGUCACCGUAUGCUGAGUAUCCGAAGAACCCUCGAGCACAGGAGUGGGGUAGAGAGACCAUUGAGAUGCAGGAGAAUGGAAGCACUAAGAACCUGUUGCAGAUGACAGAUGUAUAUUAUUCGCCAACUGGACUGAGAAAUCCUGACCUGGAAAGAAACGGACUUUACCCUCCCUACACCGGUUUGCCCGGAUCUCGACAUUCGUGCAUCUACCCGGGCCAGUACAAUCCAUCCUUCAUCAGUGACGAAACCAGAAGAAGAGACUAUUUUUAGCAGGGUGGCGAGAGCGUGGAAGAUGGGCAGAGCUCGGUGGCCCUUGGGCACCAGGUGCCCUCCAGCUCCCGGCGGUUCAGCCCACGUCAGUCUUGCUCUUUCCAUGUCGCAGCAGGAAGGAUUUUGGACCCGGAGCAGGGCAUUGCACCCGAGGAAGCAUCGUGGUUGUUGAGCAGCCAGGAGAAGACGGAGGAGGGAAUGGCCCAAGGCGCGGAGCAGUGAAGGGCCCAGGGGGAAGCAGGUGCCCUGUUUUUGGGCCACGCUCCCCUCCGUGCCGUGAGCGCRGACGAGCGCAGGCAGGCGAGCUGCGCCCGGCACUCGGAACCCAAUGCCACUAGGGAGUGUUUUGUUUACAGACCUCGUUCACUGUCAGGCUGACGGCCGUGCUCUUAGUGCAAAGAGUCACCGUGUGACUGGUUUUGGAAGUGUGUCAGCUCCCUUCUCUCCUGCCACCUUGCCUUUUGCUUCCUGCGCCAGAGGGAGCUGGMUUGUCCUCUAGCCCUUGUGUUCUUGCCCAUAGAAGUUCUCCAAAAGGCUCCUUCCUUACCAAGGCCUGGCAGGGUURGCUGGAUUGGGUUGGAGGAGGACAGGGGUGUUAGUCAUAGCACUGUGAUGAUGGCUGACCAAGAGAUGUGGCCGACCCCGUGCGCUGCUCCUGCAYGGAGGGAAAAGUCUCAGUGCGUCAGAGUUUUUGUCAGCAAGCAUUGUUUGAAAGUGAUACCUCCACAGGUCAUCAGAGUGCUUCCGUGUAGGAUUUUAAGGGGUUCUUCUCCUCUGCAAGGUUUUACAUGACUGGAAAAACAACAACUACAACAAAUAAUAUAACUUAAAAUAGUUGCUAAGAGGAAAAUUUACUACAAAGAUGAAAACUGUGAGCUGGAUACUCACUAUGCUCUUUACAUGGGAUUUGCAGCAGUAAUGGUAGAGCCCUGAUGGGGCAGCAGGAAUGUGAGUGUGGGACAGGGCAGGUGGGACACAGCUUCAGCCCACCUCAACUUCAGCAGGAGCCAUGGGGGAGGACUCAGUACAUCAGGAAAUGCAACUUGUUGCAGUCAGUUGCAUUUCAUAAAACAGGAUCACAGAAUCCUGGUAGAGCAAAGAUCACACCUUUCAAAUUGUUUUGCUUUUAUCCAUCCCAGUUUCGGGUUACUCAGAUUAGGCCGAUUUCCUGAUAUAGGUGUGUUAAUUUACAUGAAUCACCUUGGCAUAAGUUGAAGAAUGUAAAUCAGAAUAUUCCUCGCCAAAGAUCAGAUUUAUUGACUUUAUUCCUCCUUGAGAUGGAUGUUGAAAGAGGUCUUUCAUAUGAAGUAUUUUCACAGCUUAUCUUUGCAAAGAUAAAUCAAAUCAUUCAAGACCUGUCCAGAUGCACUAAUCUUUACCUGAAUAUCAUUGUGCUUUUAAUUCAAGUUGGUUCCUUGCACGAGGACAGCAAAGAAUAAUGCAGUUCCUAGCUCUUAACCCAGCAUCUCUGCGGGGUGGAAUGAUCUAGCUUCRCUAGCUCUUCUUCCAAAAGCAGAGACCUCUCCAUACUCCAGUCUCCCCAUCAGGGCUCAAAGAGGCAUGGUGCCUUCAACAGCCACAUGGACUAUGGGGUUUCUCCUCCAUGGUCCCUGCUCCAUCUGCUUCUAUGUUCUCCAGACUGCAAGGUGGCCAAAGCACUGCAAAUGCAAAGCACUUCCCAAAUGCAAAGCCUGGGAAGAUGCAGUUUSGUGCCCCAUAUGCAGCAUAGGCACACACGCCCCUGCAAGCCAGCAAAUGAUAUUCUGUGUUUCAUUAGCAGCUGAUACCCAAUUAUCCAGGGUGCAUUGGAGGGUGUGAAUAAGGACAUGGCCCUGACGUGUUCUGGUGGCUCCUGGUGAGGACACUGGCCUUGCAACCUCUCUGAGGAUGAGCUGCCGCUUUGACAUAGCAGCAGCUCUGGUUUUGAUGUGUGCCUGGUUGGAAAGGGUCUCCUUUGCCAUGGUGUGGAGGAGGGUUUUGUCUGUGCUAUGAACCAAAGAGGGAAGCUGGGACUUGCUGCUGACUCUAAAUACGAUGUAGAUGAGCACUGGGACCUGUCUCUAUUACAUUUAGGACUUUUCUUUGUAUAUCUAGAGCAGUUGAGCAAAAAGUGAGCUCAUGACAGCAGGUUUGAACCAUGAGCCAGCUUUUCAUCGGAAAGCCGAGUGUUUAGGCACUUGCUUAUAGGCAGAUGUGUGGGAUUGCUUGGUUAGUUCAAAGACCACGUACUGUAAAGUGUGCCUUAGUGUGCCAAGUGACUAGCUCAAAGGGCAGAGAUGGGGCCACCUGCUCAAUACUGCAGAUCAGACCUUCCAUACCGAGUGUGGCAUCCCUGUUAAUCAAGCUCCUGGCCUAGGUAUCUCAGCAAACUGCGAGUACUUGGAGUGGGAAAUGUGGCAGAGUUGUUUUCUAAUUCAGAUCACAAAAAAGUCUGUAAGGAAUUCAAUUUCAUUUCUUAAUAACCUGAACCUUAAUAACCUUAAUUCUCCUUAAUGUUGUAAAAGGAGUAAAAUAUCUCGCUAAACCCAGCAGGAUUUUCUGACUACGAAACCUGGCCUUUUCCAAGGGAGAUACCUGGGCUUUAUUGCACUGAAAUGUUCUACCUGUUCAGGGGAUGUAAACACUGGAGAACUGUGAAUUUGUCCUUGGCAACCUCACCUUCCUCUUAAGGUUUGGUGACAAAGUCCUGGAGCUGAUGUGGAGUCCACAGGCAGGAGGAAAAGGGUCUCUCUGCCUGGGAAGUCACCUGGGAGGAGAGAACUCGGCAGCCCGGCCUGCUUUCCCAUGCAGUGAGUUUCGGGAGGUCUCUGCAGAGCCAGUGCACUGCAGUGAGGAGCAGUUCCAUAGGGAGCCCAGCUGCUUCCCGCACUGCGAUGCUCCUGUCCUGGCCCGGGGCUCUUGCCUUCCCCAGGUGCUUUCCUGCAGUUUGCAGCCCCUCGUUUGCAGUAAUUAGUUAAUACUGAGGGUCACUCACCCGCUUGCAGCUAGUAGAACU